GUGGUGAAUGGAACAACAGAGUUACAAGCAUAAUCCAAUCAGCACCACUCACAUGUAUUAUGUGGUGCAUAUCCACUUAGUUAUAUUGCAGCAUAAUCCAUAACAUUAUGUACCUUACCAUUUUCCAAUUCAGUUGCAAAUUCCAAACCAUCCAUGUCUCAUUUCUAUGAUAUAAACUGUCAUAAAUUAUAUAUAUAAAAGUGUUAAUUUCCUUGGAAGAGUCUUAGUAUUAAUUUCUGCAACUCCAUGGCCUCCUUAAUGCUUAGUGGUGCUGAAAAUACAAAGCUUAUUAAUAGCAUAGUUCCAUCUGGAUUAGGUUCUGUGAGUCUUAACUUUCACAAGAAGUGUUUCUUCAGAAAUAAUGUAGUUUCAUAUGGCAACAAAUACGGUGCAAGAAACUUGACACCGCGAUGCAGCAUCUCAUCCGCAAGGCCUUCUUCUCAGCCAAGAUUCAUCCAACACAAGAAAGAAGCAUUUUGGUUUUACAGGUUUUUGUCAAUUGUAUAUGAUCAUAUAAUAAAUCCAGGUCAUUGGACUGAAGACAUGAGAGAUGAUGCACUUGAGCCUGCUGAUUUGUAUGACCGGAGAAUGCGAGUUGUGGAUGUUGGAGGAGGAACUGGAUUCACUACUCUUGGUAUAGUGAAGCAUGUUGAUGCUAAAAAUGUUACAAUUCUUGAUCAGUCUCCUCAUCAGCUUGCUAGGGCUAAGAAGAAGGAAGCAUUGAAAGAAUGUAAGAUAAUUGAAGGCGAUGCAGAAGAUCUUCCAUUUCCAACUGAUUAUGCUGACCGAUAUGUUUCUGCUGGAAGUAUUGAAUACUGGCCUGAUCCACAGCGUGGCAUUAAAGAAGCAUACAGAGUUCUGAAAAUAGGAGGCAAAGCGUGCAUUAUAGGUCCUGUAUACCCAACAUUUUGGUUGUCUCAAUUCUUUGCAGACGUAUGGAUGCUCUUCCCUAAAGAGGAAGAGUAUAUUGAAUGGUUUAAAAAGGCUGGUUUCAAAGAUGUCAAGCUGAAAAGGAUAGGUCCAAAAUGGUAUCGUGGUGUACGGCGGCACGGCCUCAUCAUGGGUUGUUCUGUCACUGGUGUCAAGCCUUUAUCAGGCGACUCUCCCCUUCAGCUUGGUCCGAAGGUAGAGGAUGUACAGAAGCCUGUAAAUCCAUUGGUGUUUCUGUCAAGGCUCAUUCUUGGUACAAUUGCAGCCACUUACUAUGUACUAGUUCCAAUUUACAUGUGGCUUAAAGACCAAAUUGUUCCAAAGGGCAGGCGUAUUUAAUCAAAGAUUGGAGAAUCAAGUAAAGUUGGGGUAGGAAAUGGUGGUCAAGUUCUGAUGGUUGAUGUUCUCAAGGCUUUACUUUUCAAAAUUAAUGUUAAUUUGCCUUCCAUAAUGUUAAUUUGUUGACAUGUUUUGGCAUAGUCAACUGCCUCUUAAAUUUUACUACGAUUCUGAAAUGGAUAUUUUACUUUGAACUCAAGCAUCAAUUGUUUAUGUAGAGUUAGUCAGGAAAUGUUCCUGCAGUUGAUAAGCCAAGUUUAUCAGAUAGGUAUAAAACAUGUGCUGGCUCUCAUGAUUUCUGAUUUCAUGUUUGGAAGAAUCAUCUAAGUAUUGUUUGUGCUUCUGUGAUGUUUUGCUUGACAGUACAAGACAAAAUGACCAUGAGUCAGUGUUUGACCACAUCUAGAUACGACUGUAUUGAAUAUUAUAUGUGACCAUGUGAGAUUUUUUCAGGUACAA